AUGGUAACCACAAGAAGUCAACAGGAAAACGCGACCGAUUAUCCUUUCGGGAUGCCCCGAGGCACCCCCAGACAGCAAACUAAUCAGAACGACGGAAUGGAGGAAUCAUACGUGGAUCGGUCUCAACAGCCUAACCCCUCAUCGGCACUCGAACAACUGAAGGCCGAAAUGAUGGAACUCAGGAGGCUCCGAGAAAAGGACGCUCACGAAUUAUCGGCCCUGAGAAGAGAGAACGCUGAGCUCAGGAGCGAUAAUAGGACAUGGCACCCCUCGCACGACGUACAGAAUCAAUCAACCCGGGAUCAGGGCGAAUCCUCAGGAUGGUACAAGGAAGUUAACAUCCCUCGACCAUCGGGCAUACCGACUACCGCAACGCAAGAUCAACAACGACGGCAGGGAAGAACGCCGUUCACACCAGACAUUGCCGGGGUUCGUUUGCCCGAUAAUUGGAAGAACUUGACCGUGGAAAAGUACGAUGGAACCUCCGACCCGGAAGAACAUCUCGACGCGUUCGUCACACAGGUCGGUCUGUACACCGACGACGAUGCAAUCAUGUGUAAAGUCUUCCCUACUUCGUUGAAAGGACCAGCGCUUAAUUGGUUCACACGACUCCCUCCCGGAUCAAUUGAUUCGUUCACAUCCCUGUCCUCUCGUUUCGUAAUACAGUUUGCCACGAGUCGGCCUCAUCAGCUGACAUCCAUUGCGUUGGUCAGUAUACGCCAAGAGAAGAAAGAACCAUUGAGGGCUUUCAUGGAGAGGUUCGGGAAAAUGACGUUGUCUAUUCGGAAUUUGGAUCCGGCCGUAGCAAUGCAUCACCUCACCACAGCGCUGCGGCCUGGGCCCUUUGUCAAUAGCUUGUGCAAAAAGCCCCCCCAUGACCUGGACGACCUACGGCAAAUGGCCACCAAAUCUAUGCAGAUGGAGGAACUGGCCGAGUUCCGCAACCAAAACCGAUCUGACCUGUUUCUCGGCAAAAGAGAGAAUGACAAGGAACCUCCUAAGUCUCGACCCCGGGAAGCCAAUGAUCGUGAGAAGAGUAAUCACAGAGGUCCGAGGUAUAUGCAGUAUACGCCACUCAACGCUAGCAGGGCCAAAGUGUUGGAGCAAGCUCUAGCCAAGGAAGUUUUGGCCGUUCCUCGAAGAGCUUUGACUCCACCUCACGCCGACAAGACAAAAGCAUGUCAAUUCCAUCGGAAUAGAGGACACACCACGGAGGAGUGCUCCGCCCUUCGAGACCGUAUCGAAGAUCUCGUUAAGGCCGGUCACCUCCAAAACUUCAUUCGGAUAACGGAUAACAGAAGAAACGACUACCGCCACGAAAGAGGGGAACCUAGGGGAGACAACCGAGAUCGAGCACCGCCCCAGAACCGAUCUCGCGAGCGUAGCAGGUCUCAAGAAGGAAACGACCAACGAAACCGCAAUCAGCCCAGACGAGUCAUAAACACCAUUGUUGGAGGUUUCGCAGGGGGGGAGCUCAUCUUCAGCCCGGAAGAGACACUUGAGGGCUGUCAAGUCGGUCAACGCUAUAGGACGAACACUUCCCGUUCGUAUGCCCCUUAUAACGUUCACUGA